AUGUCCGGUAAACGUCUGCUGGACACCAUCCAGGUGCUCAAUGUCGCCAAAGCCAUCGCGACCAAGCACCUGGCUGUGCGUCAGCGGCAGUUGGACGUGUUUACCCGCACUUCGUCUCUCACCAAGGGCCUCAAGGCCCAGGCCGAUGGCUUGUGUAUGACCGCUCAGGCCGCCGCCGCCCUCGCCAAACGUUUCGAUGACCCAUCGCCCCCGUCUCCUGCUCCCAGCUCGGCCUCCCCGACCAACCCUCCUCCUCCUCCCACCUCCGGUUCUGCUGAUGCGUCGGCGACCGCCCCUCCGCCGAAGCCCCCUGCGGCGGCCGCCUUGUCGCCUGACCAGGCGCGUCACGCCCAGCGACAGGCCGAGUUCCAGAUUCCUGCGACGGCCGCCACACACAAUGGCGGUGAAGUGUCCAGUGAGGUGGAUGUCAGCCGACAGCAGGACGUAUACUACAAACCUUCGCAGACGUCGAGUCCAGACCUGUCUGGACUCCCGCGGGUCAAACUGCCGAAGACGGCCAACACUACGCAAGUUGGGGUCGACAGUGAAAUCAACGCCGAUGUAUUUCACUCACCUGUCAAACCGGAGAAGGAGGCCGAGGAAGAACUCCCCGAGGAGGUGAUGAAUCAGAUAUUCCACAGCCCCAGGGUUGCCAAAGUCCUGUCUAGGAAGCCUGCGGUGGAACAGAGGGCUGGUGGACAACCAACGAAGCCCGUCGAGAAGGCUACCAUUUCUGUGGCGGAGGACCAAUCGCAGAAGAAGGAAGCUGAAGAUCUUGGAAAUCUCAUUGCGGAGGAGGUGGUCCCCACUUCUAUACAUGGGACCCCGACGAAUGAGGAUACCUAUAAGAUGAUGGAGUCGCGCGUCCCGUCUUCGCGCAUCGGCAGAUUAUGGCAGUAUGGGGGCCUUGCGACGUCAAUGGCCUUCGGUGCGGUUGGAGAGGGUUUACGACGGGUAACAGGAAGCCAGUCCGAUCCCGCUAGCUCGAUCAUGUUCAGCCCCGCGAACAUGGAGCGUCUCGUCGCGAAGCUCUCGAAGAUGCGCGGGGCUGCGCUCAAACUGGGUCAGAUGAUGAGCUUCCAAGACUCGAAAAUGCUGCCCGAACCCAUUCAACAAGUACUUCAGCGAGUACAAGAUCGCGCGGACUACAUGCCGGCUUCGCAACGUGACAAGGUGCUCGCCGACAAUCUCGGCCCCGACUGGCGCGAUCUCUUCUCCUCCUUCGACGACGUCCCCAUGGCAGCUGCUUCCAUCGGCCAGGUGCACGGCGCAGUGCUGAAGCGAACUGGCCAGCCCGUCGCCGUCAAAGUCCAAUACCCCGGUGUCGCCGACUCCAUCGACUCCGACCUCAACAACCUCUCCAUCCUCCUCACCGCGUCGCGCCUCCUCCCCCGCGGCCUAUUCCUCGACAAAACCAUCGCUAAUGCUCGCACCGAACUGGGCUGGGAAUGUGACUACACUCGCGAGGCCGAGUGCGGUCACCGUUUCCGUGAACUCCUCCGCGACGACCCGGUCUUCCUCGUGCCCGAAAUUAUCCCCGAAGCGUCCGGCCGGCAUGUCCUGACCAUGGAGCGGUUGGAAGGCGUCGCGGUGACGAAGAUUCAGAACUUCACGCAAGAACAACGCGACUGGAUCGGCACGCAGAUUCUGCGACUCUGUCUCCGCGAGAUCAUCGAAUUCCACUACAUGCAGACCGACCCCAACUGGACCAACUUUUUGUAUAACGCACAGACCAAUCGUUUAGAACUACUCGACUUCGGUGCCUCACGCGAGUACCCCGUCGAAUUCAUCACCAAAUACGUGAGCACGCUCGUUGCGGCCUCCCACAACGACCGCGAUGCCUGUCACCGUCUUUCCAUCGACCUGGGCUACCUGACCGGCCAUGAAUCUCCCGCUAUGGUCGACGCCCACGUCACCUCCAUCCUCACGCUUGCCGAGCCAUUCCGGACCUCCUCGCCGGACGUGUACGACUUCAACAACCAGACCAUUACAGACCGUGUGCGCGACCUCAUCCCGGUAAUGAUCCGCGAGCGAUUAGCGCCCCCGCCCGAAGAGACCUACAGUCUGCAUCGGAAGCUGAGCGGGGCGUUCUUGCUGUGUGCCCGGCUGGGUAGCCGAGUGCGCUGCAAAGAGCUGUUCGCCGAUGCCGUUGAGAAAGCCGAGGGUCGGGGACUGGUCAUCCACACUUGA